AUGCCCCUGCCAUCCCUUCGGAAUCAGACGUCGCUGUCGCUCUGGAGCUCGGAGGAUGUCGGGCUGCCAGCCGACUGGAAGGGCGCCGCUUGCCUCGGACGGAUUCUCAACACGAACUUCGUGCGGAUGAAUGCCACGAGCACGCUGGUCCGCUCCCUGGCCUGGGCCGUCCAUCCAUCCUUGCCGGGCAUCCGCGACGGCCUCAUCGAAGCGGUUGAACCCUGGUCUGGCAGGCGGCACUCUGAGAGGAGAGUUUCGCGGGUUUUCCCAAGGCAGCCCGGAGGGGUGGGGCGGGGGGGGGGGGGGUCCAGAGCCUAA